UGUGAUCCUCCCCACUAAAUUAAGGAAUCUGUAAGGUCUGGAACGCAAGGUACAUAGAGUUGCAGCAGAGAGAACACUAAAGAGUUACAUGAAAAGAUCGCACAUCCUUCCUUCUCAUUCAAAGUGGAUCGAGAUGGGACGAAGCCUCGGACACGUGAUAUAUUUGCAACACACGAACAUUUAGUAUUUCAUGUGAAUACAAAUUAGUAUAAUUUUUCUUCGAAUUACAAUUUUAUUGUAUUGUAAUUGCGCAAUAAAGUUCAACGUUCUUAACUACUUAAGUGUUGUAAUUGAACGAAUUGAGGAAAACAGCUAGUUUUUUCUCAGGAUGAGGAAGCCCGACAGUCUGUGUAUGGUAUUUGCUGUAUUAUUCGCUGCAAUCAAAAUUGGGGAAGCGUUUUUACCGCAAGCAAUAAUAUCAAAAUACAAACAAACAAGGCUGAGACUCCGGGAGGACGUUUAUUUUGGAAAUUUACCAAUACUCGAAGAAUACGAUUUUGUGAUAGUCGGAGCAAGCCCAUCGGGUUGUGUGUUAGCUAACAGAUUGUCUGAGAACCCAUACGUUAGUGUGCUAUUGCUGGAGGCAGGUGCCGAAGAAAACCCAUACUCAGACGCACCCGCUUUUUCGACGUACAUGCUGUUUUCUGAGUACAACUGGAAGUACAAAGCACAAAGACGUAAAGGAGUGUGCAGGAGUAUGAUAGAUGGACGAUGUACAUGGCCUUCCGGCAAAGGUAUCGGCGGCGCGACGAUUAUAAACGGGAUGAUUUUCACACGGGGUAAUCGUCGAGAUUUUGAUCGCUGGGAGGAAGCGGGUAAUCCGGGUUGGGGCUGGGAAGGAGUUUUCCCAUAUUUCAAACGAUUGGAGGAUAUGCAGAUUCCAGAGUUGAGGGACUCUGACCAACAUGGCACCGAUGGUCCUGUGACCAUAACGUAUACAAAUUAUAAAACUAAACUGAGUGAAAAGUUUUUGAAAGGCGGAGUUCAGAGUGGUUACAAUUUGACCGAUUACAACUCAGAAGGACAUCACAUCGGAUUCAGCCGAAUUCAGUCGACUAUACGUAAUGGUAAAAGGUGCAGUGCAUCCAAAGCGUAUUUAGCCCCUGUUUCGAAAAGGCCGAAUUUGCACAUCAGUCAAAAGUCACUCGUUACCAAAGUCAUUAUCGAUCCAAUAACAAAAUUGGCGAUAGGUGUAGAAUUCGUUAAAAAAGGAAAAAAGAGGUUUGUCAGAGCCAAAAGAGAAGUCAUUUUGUCUGCUGGAAGUUUUAACACGCCCAAACUUCUGAUGUUAUCAGGUGUAGGACCAGAAGAGCACCUUGUACAGAAAGGAAUACCAGUAAUCGCUCAUCUUCCUGUAGGGGAAAAUCUCCAAGAGCAUAUUGGCACGACGUCACUCGCGUUCAUUGCAAAUAAAGGUGUUGUUCCAGAUAUAGGCAAGGAAAUCUUGUCUUUACCAAUUACUAUGUGGAAUUGGGAACGAACUGGUCAAACUAUUCUUAGCUUCGCUGGGUGCGAAGCUUUGGCCUAUCUCAAAUCUUCCUAUGCAGAAUCUGGAGACUUUCCCGAUAUAGAAUUGGUUCAAAUUUCAACUUCUUAUGCAUCGGAUGAUGGAGCUAAUUUAAGAAAAACAUUCGAUGUCAAAGACGAUGUGUACAAUUCCGUUUACAAGGAGAUAGAACCAAAUGCAACAUUUUCUAUAUGGGUUAUGGGCAUGUACCCUUUAAGUAAAGGAAGCGUCAAGCUUGACAGUAAAAACCCAUUUAAACCUCCGUUAAUUUACAAUAAUUUUAUGAAUGACACUAGAGAUCUUAAUGUCGUCGUGCAGGGUAUCAAAGCGGCAGUAGCACUUACAAAAACACCCGCGAUGAGAUCUAUCGGUGCUAAACUUCAUGAUAAAAAAUUACCUAAUUGUAAACAUCUUUUAUUCGGCUCUGAUGAUUACUGGGCUUGCUUUGUUAGAGACCUGACCUCACAAUUUCAUCACCAGUGCGGCACGUGCAAAAUGGGUCCGCCAACUGAUCCUUCCGCUGUUGUGAAUUCAAGGCUUAAAGUUUAUGGCGUGUCAGGACUUAGAGUCGUCGACGCUUCAAUCAUGCCGACGAUAACAGGAGGACAUACAAUGGCACCAUCAUAUAUGAUUGGAGAAAAGGCUGCAGAUAUAAUCAAAGAAGAUCACGAGUUAUUUUUUUAAGAUGGUCUUUUAAGUUCAACUAUUUUGCAAUUGUUUUUGUUUAGUAUUUAUUUUUUUAUAACAAUUUAUUUUCCUAUAAAAUGAAGGACUGUACUGUAAAAUGUAUUAAUUUAAUUAUGUUGUAUUUUUCGUGAGUUUUUGGGAGGAAGACUGACAUUGUUUGUUGUCGAAUCAAAUCAAAAGCAUGAAAGAGCAUUACGAAUCUUAUAAUAAUUUGCAAAAAUUGUACUUUUAAUAAAGAUUCAUACAAAUGUAAUACUUUAGUGUAAUCAGUGCAUAAAAUACAUAAAUUAAUUUAUAAUAUA